GUUCUCUAAACCCUGCCAACUACUCUGAAUAGCCAUGACCUCCAGCAACCUCGUAUGUGUUUUCUGUGCCUCGCACGACAGCCCCGACGCCUCCUACAACGAGGUGGCGAACCAGCUGGGCGAGCUCCUGGCCAAGUCGAGCUACGGUCUGGUUUACGGUGGCGGCGGCCGUGGGCUGAUGGGCCGUGUGGCGCGCUCGGUCAGCUCCAACAAGGGCGAUGUCCUGGGGAUUAUCCCGCGCGCAUUGACCCGCCUCGAGGGCUGCUCUGAGGUCGGCCGCACAAUCACCGUCGACAGCAUGCACGAGCGCAAGUCGCUGAUGAACGAGCACGCGAUGGCAUUCAUCUCGCUGCCCGGCGGAUUCGGCACCAUGGAGGAGCUGCUGGAGAUUACGACGUGGUCGCAGCUGUCGAUUCACUCCAAGCCGGUGAUCGUAUUGAACACCAAUGGCUUCUACGACGCCUUGAAGGAGUUCAUCAACAAGGCGGUUGAGGCUGGGUUCGUGCAGAAGGAGAACCGCGACAUCAUCAAGUUCGUUGACACGCCCGAGGAGGCGAUCCAGGCGAUCAAGGAGUACAAGGCGCCAAACACGCGCUAUGGCCUGAACUGGGGCAAGGAGCAGGUGUGAUUACAUUAGCAUUUUAAUCCAUUUCAUCUUCGAUAAUGCCCUUGAAGUGCUCGCUGAGAUUGUAUGCUUGGCCGAGCGAAUUGAUGUGCACC